AUGGAGUUUCCACGGAUGCAGUUCACGGAAUGGGACCUACCGGACACGCACGACUUAAUAUUUGGUCAACCAUGGUUCACCAAGUACAACCCCCAAAUCGAUUGGCGUACGCAACAGAUCCAAGUAGAAACCCACACGACGUUCGAAGACGUGGAUGGUCCUACCUUUCAAGAGAAAUUAAAAUGUGGAGCUUAUGAUAAGAUAUACCACUUGAAGGUAACCAACGUCGACCAAGCAGAAAUACCGCAGGAGUUAAUCCCACUUUUGGACGAGUAUAACGACGUCUUUCCAGAGCAACUCCCGAACGAGAUGCCUCCAACGCGAUCAGUUAACUUCGAGUUGCAAAUGAAGCCUGAUGCGAUUCCGAGCUCCCGUGCUCCCUUCCGUCUUUCGAAGGUUGAGCAGGACGUACUGCAACAAUUCGUUGAAGAGAAUAUACGAAAAGGAUGGAUAGAAGUAUCAAACUCUUCAUGGGUCUCAAAUAUCUUUGGGAUUCCAAAGAAAGAUCCUGCAACCGGAAAGUUUUCUAAACGCGCCGAAUGGCUCCGAAGCGGCAAUUCGAAGAUCCCCAUUCGAUGGGUAAUUGACUACCGCUAUGUUAAUAGCAUGUCCGUCGUGGCAAAAAUUCCUCUGCCAUUGAUCGAAGAACUAUUUGACCGCAUGGUUGAAUGCACGUAUUUUACGCUUCUCGAUCUCGCACAAGGGUACCAUCAAAUGGUAGUGUUACCAUCGAGUAUGCCGGGAGUCUGGUCACGUCUUAUGCGAACUUUGUUCGAUAAGCUAGGACAAUUUGUUGUCGUGUAUCUCGACGACAUCUGUAUCUUUUCCCGUACAAUGGAGGCUCAUCUCAUUCACGUUCGCGCAGUAUGCGACGUGUUGCGCAAGGAAAAGCUGUACGCUCUUCUCUCCAAAUGCGCUUUUGGUCGUCAAGAGAUCGCAUUUUAG